AUGGCCUUCCCGAAAGUACCUCUCCAGGAUCGAAAAUCAGGCGAUGAGUGUAUGAGGACCGAACAUCGAAGGUAAACGACUUGACGAAGCGCUCGGUCGGGAUUUGAGCUGGCAAUCCCCUACCCAACCCGCCUGCACACCAUAUCCAUGUAGACAUCAUCGUCAUACCCAUGAGACAGGCAAUGGAGUAGGUGGCCGAACCAACGAAGUCAGAUCUCUCGCAUAGCCACAUACACAUUGUUGCGGUUUUGUUCAUGCCAGUGCAGAUCGCCUGCAAUCCAGGCGAAAUCUUCGACCUACCCCGAAUAACAGAGACAGCAGUGAGUUAAAACCUCCAGCGUUCGCUUGCCUCCGGUCUCGUUUGCUUGUGUGGAAUCAAUAAAUAGACCAUAUACAUGUGAUGAUCCACAGAUCCUCCCUGCCAUUGUCUUCCCAUGAACAAUACUAGAUGGUGCAGGCGUGAAGGGAAUCAAUAAGGGAAAGGAAUUAGAUCGAAAUCUGAUUCGUUAGUAUCCUUCUGCAGUUCGGCGAUCUAUAGACCUCAAGCGAAAUUACACAUUCACAGAUGCUGACUGAUACUUUACUGGUUAUCAGUCGAGCAUGUCAGAUAAAUUAAGAUUAGUUGCAGGAAUGACGAGAGGAGAAGUGAAUAAAAGGGAAAUGGAUCAAGGAGGAUUAUCGAUAAUGCUUAGAAUAUUAUCUCUGCAUCUUCGAGGAGGCGGCCAAAUCAGUCUGCGAAAUGCCUGCAUUUGAGGACAAAGAUACUAUGUUGGAAAACCUGGAUGACUGCUCCAAACGUGAACGAAUGGCCGAACACGCGACAGUGGUGCAGAGAAAGGACACCAGACAUCAAGUUACGGUUCAUUCAAUGAGAUCUGACCCCACAUUUAAAUUGUACUUGGCAUCAGACGUGUUCAACGGACGGGUCUGCUUCGACCCUACAACCUGCAGAUAUUAGGGUCUAGCCAGCGUAGACGGUAAAUCCCAAGAUGACGAUUAAUCAGCAGCAUUGUUAGCUGUUAGCAUGAUACUACUAUUGAAGAGGUCAUCGGGUUUUGCCUUUAUGAAACUUCUCUUUUCUAAAAGUAGUGCCUAACAUCUGUCCAAAUUGGAUGGCAUGGUUUCUGUUGAUAAGAAAAUGGAAUUUAGUAGGAAUUACAUUUUGAAAUGCACCGUUGUUAGUUAUAAUUACGCAGCACCUAGCUUUGUUGAGAUAAGCUCUCCUAGUAAAUCCUACUGGGAAUACAUCCAAGCCGUGCAUGAUUAAGUUCAAUUCGAUCCAACAAGACUUUGUUAAUCAAGACUGUAACGUCGGAAUAUCCAUUCCUCGCUGAUGACGGUAUGUAUGCUCGAAACGACCAGUCACCACGCAACCGCCUGUCCGAUCUACAGACCUUAAGCAACAAGUCAAGGCGGCCUGCUAUGAAGAUACAUCCGUGCACAUUACUCCAAUGUGACCAUCCCUAACCUAGACAUGUCUUAUCCUCUCACCAAAGGCUUAUCCAAUUUAAUAUACUCAUCCAUAUCUCCUAUAUCCAUACCUGAGAUAUUGCUUAUUCAAAUUCACUGAAAUUGUUUGACUCAACAACUCUUUCUAACACUUGCAAACUUCUUCAGCAUGUUGCCGAUACACUGUUAGCCAGACCAGGUGAGAAUUAUGUUAUAACAAAGGACAAAUCAUUUGUUAGAUUAUCAUCAAACCUGUGGAGUGUUUGAUCAUUGCCUUUUAUAAUAAGAAGGUAAUGUCCAAAUGAAGUUGAACUCACCUAGUGUCCGAUGCUGUACAGGUCUGCGUAAAUGUCUACGGUAAAAUGGUCGGCGUAGACGAUGCAAGAAGCGACGAAGCGCGUUCAUAGCUUGCGAAUAAUGGGUCGGGCUUGGCCAGGCUGGAGAGAAUUAUUGAUCGAAUUUUGAAUUCAUCGAUUUCCGCGAAGGCGUGCGGCCCAUCGCAUGCAGGGUCUUUCCUAGGUUAAUGAUUGAGUCUUGUCGUAGGCAGUUAUGUCAUGAGUAAAAGUGCUAGAAGCCCAGUACGACUGUGCACGCAUGUAAAUCCCACAAGGUCACUCGCGAAAUGUUCGUCAACAGGAAUAUUUUCCCCUUCCCGAUAUCAGAUUCAAUGACGCUAAUUUGUAUGAUAAGUUUCCUAUGGAAGUUUGAGGCAAGAGCGUUUCUUAUGCGGCCAGAAAAGCAAAAAAUAUUUGAGCCAUCGUUUCUCUAGUUAAUGCUUUGUCUUAAGUAGGUGGGUAAUAUGAAUAGCCAAUUGGAAAUUGUGUAUAUGUUGAAAACAUACUCAUAGCAACUUGCUAAGAAUUAGGCGACAUUUAUGAGCAGAUUACCAUUCGAAUGAAUCACGAUCUAAAUGACUGGUCGGUUUGGUGACGCAUAAGUGAUUUGACAGAUUGUUGUCUGAAAAGUCAUCUGGUUCAGAUGAGUGGCUGGAUUAAUCCGGAUGCCCGAGUGGGCGAAAUUCCGGCAUGGAGAGGACAAGACCCAAUGAGAGCGUUCUAGAAAUAUCACAGGAAGUCUAGGAAGCACGCAGCUGUUUCAUAUAACUGCUGACUUAAUUAACCACUGCAGGUAGGGUACUGCUUAAUGUGAUUAGUCGGAGACUACAUAAAGGCGGAAAUAGCUAUUCCAGUAUCUGUGGCCGUGGUCGAGAUUCCUCCUUAACAAUGGACUAUCUGACACACAAUAGGCGCGCCAACGAGGAUUGCGGAUUGUUGUUGCUUGCCAGAAUACCCAACGAUGACGUAGGUCCAGACAAAUGCGUUCUGUUAUGUGUCGCUGAUAGUCCGAUUCCCGCAGUGUCGCCCAAACAAUGACGUCUGGAUAUUGAAACUCACUACUAAAUAGGUUUUCCUUGUUGGACCCCAAUCAAGUUCCACCAUCAGACUACUGAGGUAGAAGUGCGAUCAGUAUCUAACCUAAAUUUCUUUUCGAAGAUUUUAACACACGGUUUGGGUUCGCUGUGCUAACAGCAGUUUCGUCGUCAUAAAUUGGCAGUAGAUCGAAUACUCCCUAUCAGAUGUCGAUAGGUGUAUUUGGUGCUCAUGUAAGACCGCUUCUAGUAUUAUGUGACUAGAAAGCUAUGAUUAUUAAUGUUAUUAUAUUACUGCCUGUAUUUCAAUAACGUUUUUUGUUUAAUGUUGCCCAGGUCCGCUUAAUGUGUGUUGGCAUUCAAUUCGACGCCCUCAGAAACAGAGACAGACAGAGACUACUUAGUAACGUUAUUGUCUUUAAAACUGGGAACAGUUUGUUUAUCUGCCAAGUUUCGAAACCUUUUCCAAUCUGAAAAAGCUGCUGUAGCUGUUUGAUGUUUCCACUUUCAACUUUUUUUAUAUAAUUCGCUUCCUUGUAACAAAUAGGCAGUUCAUAUGUUCAACACCUAUGUUUCCCUCAAAUAAACUGAAGUUGAAUCACUAAUAAUGCAAACCUUCAUACAAGUAUGCACGGAAUAAACGCCAGUGAUUGAGUCGUCAUCAUCAUCAUCAUCAUGAUACUUCGACUGCCGUGUCCAAAGAUAUCCGUGGUUUACAAUGUUAUAGUCAUUAUAAAAACUAAGUCGUGAAACAUGCACUGACAUCCAAUGGCUGGGGCUAUUAAUCUGACCAAAUGCGGAUAUGUGGGAUUAUAGAUCAUUAAGAUAUUUGAGGAGGAUUUUUCCUUCUCGUACUGGUAAGCGCAGCGAUUGUGCCUCAGUAGUAACAAUGAUGAAAAACUUGCAAUUUCCGUGUAUUUAAGUAUUAUUUAUCAUGCACUGUUGCCGGUUACUGGUGGUGGUGGGAUAUAAUGAUGUCAAGUACUGGGCCCACGUGACGGUCGUAGUAGGUCGCGUACUCUACCUUCCUUCCUUCCUUCCUUCCUUCUUCUUCUUCUUCUCCUCCCGCUGCCACACCCCACAGACUGCUAGGGCGAUUCCGCUCAAUUUGGACGACUGAAAUGCUCGUUUGCUUUGUGAAAGGUGCUACUGGCUCGGACUGUGUCCUCGUCUGGAGGCUAGAACAGCCAGACAUGAUGGUGAUUAGGGUGACCGCGGGUGCAGACGGGUGGACCGACCAUCGUCUAGCCAGUAUGAGGAUUUUUCUACAGCCUAGCAGGAAACCUCAAGGUAAGCUGAAUACUGCUUUGUUGUCUUUGCCUGCUCAGCAUCUCCACUUCAGCCGCCGCCACCGCCGCCACCGCCGCUGCCGAAGAGAACGUAUCCGUAGAGAACCGCCAGUUUCAAGUGCGGGACACAGUCCAGUCGACGGCCCUGGCUGUCUACGUUCGCGCUCGUCGGCAACAUCAGGACUGGUUCGAUGAAAAUGACGCUUCCUUUUAG